AUGGGCAAGGAUAGGGUGGUGUACAUAGAGUGCAUUUCCGACACGGGAGACAUUGGUUUUCUCGUGAAAGGCGACCCACACUACGAAAGUGUAAACUACACCUUGUCCUCUUCUAAGAAUCCUGCCAAAGCCACGCGGUUCAAACGUCACUACCUGCGCUCACUGUCCUGGUCUCCCGACAGCAAGAACGUUGUCUACGGAGUGUCCGGCUUCUAUGAGCGCCAUGUCGAAGACCCUAUUGUGGGCUGGGAUGACGAACGGGAGUGCCCCUUCAUAACCGUGAUGCCUUCGCUUUCUAUGCAAGGCAAAAUCGCCAACACUGAAUUCUCUACGGGGAACAGCACCGUCGCUGUUAUGAAAUCAGAGGGCACAGAAAAGAAAAUAGUCUUUGACUCGAUGAAGAGUGGCAUGUACGUCGAUCACGGACAAUGGAUCGCUUUUAGCUUAAGAUUGCAACUCAAUGAUGCACGCUCCUUGUGA